GCUACAGUGAUAGGACUAAUUAUUUGGGUAUGUCACCCAAACUUACGGCCCUUCAGUGGAAAUGGAACCAGAGAAUGUAAUACAAAUUUCACAAGAAAUCCUAGACUAAACUUAUGCCCUAAUGACUGGGUGCAGGAGAAAGGGAAAUGCUAUAACUUUUUUAAAACUUUUAAUUCAUGGACUGAUAGCCAACAAUUCUGUUUAAGAAUGAAAUCACAACUCUUGAUGAUCCAAGACAAGGCUGAACUGGAUUUCAUACAAAAUAGUAUACAAGAUGGAAUCUACUUUUGGAUUGGAUUGAACAUUACAUAUCCACAAAAGACAUGGACCUGGCUGGAUGGCACCCCAUUAAAUCCACAGUUAUGUGAAGUCAAGAGCAAGGAUGAAGACAAUGCCUGUGCUGUGAUAACAAAGAAGGGUGUUUUUUCUGAAACAUGUCAAACUCAUAGUUACCAUAUUUGUCAAAACGUGAUUUCUUCAGAUGAUGACCUCUAAAUUAAUCACAGGUGCCGAUUAAAUGUCAUUUAGAGGAAUAUACUUCCUUGACCAUUCUCCACUCUGACUACAUUAUAUGGAGUUGGUAUAUAUUUUCAUAGCUCCCUGUACUUAUCUAAUCUAAUCAUCUAGUACCUUCUUUUUUGGGCCAUUGUUUACUAAA